AUGAGGCACUUGUACCAAAACUUCAUGAAGCACUACUCAGGUGAUAUGUUCACUGACCAUUUGUAUCCUGCUGCAAGGAGCUACACAGAAGGCAUGUUCAGGUGGCACAUGAAGAAAAUUUUUGAGUUUGCUCCUGAUGCAAUUCAGUACCUUGAGGAACACCAUUCUAGGAUUUGGUACAGAUAUGCCUUCUCAAAGCUUAGCAAGUGUGAUUACCUAACUAACAAUGUGUCAGAGAGCUUCAAUGCACAGAUUAAAAAGCUGAAGGGACUUCACCUCCAUGAGUUGUGUGACGGGCUGGGGGAGCUCAUAACGAAGAAGAGGUACAUUAGGAAUAAGAUUGCAAGCCAGUGGGAGGAUGGCAUCCUCCGAGUUGUACUCAAGGAUCUCAAUGCCAUUAGCAAAAAUUUGAAAGUAGUCAAGGUUGCAACCUGUGAUGAUGGCAUUGCAGAGGUCACAAUAUUAGAUGACUGGAACAACCAGAAAAGGCACACAGUGGAUCUUGAAAACCACAAGUGUUCCUGCAGGGAAUGGCAAAUAACUAGCAAGCCUUGCAAGCACGCCCUGGCAUGGAUUUGCUCUAACAGAGGAGUCCAAAUCUCUGACUAUGCCCAUGAGUAUUGCUCUGUUGCAAAGUUUAGAGCUGCAUGUGAACAGAGAGUGGAACCUAUGCCAGACAGGUCCUAG